CGCACUUUGUUCGUGGUUGGUCGCGCAACGAGCGUUGCUUUUUUAAUAAUUCCCUUGGCGCAAAUCGGACGUCGACGUAACGCACCAAAAGGGACGACGACGACGACGGUUGAAGAGAGGAAGAUAACGAGUAAUAAUAAUCAUAUCGUCGGCGGUUUUUUUUGAGCAAGCGAGAAAAAGAGAACGAGAGUGAGUGGAUGAAGAGACCCCACUAAUCACAAAAAGGAAAGAAUCAGCUUGUAUACCAUUUUUCAUGUUAUUAAUGAAAAUAGUAUUAAACAUUAAGCAUAAUAAAAAGUACGCAACGGAUUCACGGUCCAACGUGGCGAGAGGAGUGCAGAAAACAUAAAAUAGCAGAAACAUAAAUACAUACAUCUUCGCUUCUAGAUUACAUACAAUUUGGAAAACUAAUAUUAUAUGCCAUUAAAAAUCUUGGCGAUUCACUUCGGAAUUGUUUUCGAUUAUAUCAUUACGGGCACGGAAGAUAUGUAAUUUGGACACUCGCCAAGUUUUCGGGGGAUCAUCGGUUUUACCCGGGCGCGACAAUUAGUGACAAUUGUUUUUCCUCUGUCGGAGGAGAUUCAGUGCUGGAGGAAGAAAGCUGCCACACUCAAUCGCGCACAUAAUAAUAAUCAUAAUAAUCAAUUGUGUGAUAGCUGCGAUUAGUAGUGAUCGUUUACGCGCGCGCCCGGCUCUAGUUUUUUUUUUUCGUUUUGUGUGUGUGGCUGUAUGAGUGCAAAGCGAUAAUUUUCACGAUUACGUGAAGACAGUGUCAAAACAGUAAUUAGUUUAAAUUGAAGCGAUAAAUUAGUGAUGUUUAUGUGCAGUUUUUACCUCAUCGCACGAGUUGAUGGUGGUGGUGGUGCCCGUCUACUAUUAACCCGGUACUCUACUCUCUAGUCCGGAGGCCCGUCGUGGACCUGCUGAAACAGUUGACCACGUGAUUGUGAUUGUGACCUAUCAUUACCGAAAAUUAGGAUUAGUGUAAUUAUUCCUCCAGACGACGGACCCUGGGCCUCCACUUUCGAUCCGGAGCUUAUGAAUGAAACCGGCACCCGUGAAUGAAAAUUGAUUUUAAUUAUAACAACAGAAUCAACCCCCGUCUCUUGCCGCGAGCCAGUCAAGUGAAUUACUCCAUUUGUGGAAGAAUCAAUUAUGAGCGACUGAGCCGAGGAUCGUGAUCAUCGGAGUGUGGAAUCGCGGCUAAUGUCCUAACACUAAUCAUCGUUGUGUUCCUUAUCAAUUAGUUACUUUGUGAUACAUUAAUCAUAAUUUCCACCGCCGGGUGUCUGCAUCCAUCUGCAAAGAAGAUCAUCCUGUUGACACAUUAGCGCCUUUUCAUUUCGGUGUACGAAAUCAAAUCAUCACCUUCCACGUCGAGAGCAUCAUCAUUGGUGGCGAGAAGCGACGGCAGUGCGAUAAAGAGAGCAGGAACAGAACAUAAUAUCUCAGCAGGGAGUCCCCAUUCGAAAACCCCAGGAAGUGUGUGAAAACAUCAACAGAAUCUGGUAGAAGAGAAGAACCCAAAAAAUACGCAUCGGAAAAUAAAAACAGGGAUAGAAGAACUCAGCGGUAGUCUGGGUAGAUUAGUGAGUGAAAGGAAAGAAACCGAGAAACACGUAUCAUCAUACAAAAGGAUCCUUGUGUCGUAGCAGCGGAAAGGAUCGUUGAAUCCCUGAAAGAAAUUCGAUCAAAUCGAAAGUGAUCACCCAAGUGAGCAACUUCCGAAUCCGUAUCAAAGUGUGCGACAGUCAGUGUGAGUCUGUGAUUUCCCCGCGCGUGUGACAACAACAACAACAGCAACAUUGGUAAACAAGUGAAAUAAGUCGUGUUCGGAGCAGUGCGCGUUGAAGCUUAGUGCCGCGGGUACCGCGCGAUCACAGUGUUCCGGAGCACACCGCGUACCGGAACCUGUGAACUACUAGCGAGUGAGUGAGCGGAGCUCUUUUCCCAACGGCAUUACGAUUCAUUUCGAAAAAGUGGCCUCCAUCGGCGGCAACACGCUCAACUUUACGGAUCUGGGGAGCCCUUACGAGGGCCCCCCUAGUACGCCGCAGUCCGGGAUGGACGCCCCGGAUGCCCCGCAUACGCCAAAGUACAUCGAUGGCGGAGCGACGGCAGCGUCGGCACCCGGAAAAUCGGCCUUUGUCGAGCUGCAGCAGCAUGGCUACGGUGGCAUCCGGAGUGGGUACCAGCAUUUCAGUGCACAGGGCGGACAGGACUCCGGCUUUCCGAGUCCGCGAAGUGCACUAGGUUAUCCCUUCCCGCCCAUGCACCAGAAUUCCUAUUCUGGUUAUCACUUAGGCAGUUACGCACCUCCCUGCGCUAGUCCACCAAAAGACGAUUUCCUCUCGGACAAAAUCGAAGACACCGGCCUGCGGGUAAACGGUAAGGGCAAGAAAAUGCGCAAACCCCGCACCAUCUACAGUUCCCUACAGCUGCAGCAGCUCAACCGAAGAUUUCAACGAACGCAGUACCUAGCAUUACCGGAGCGGGCGGAACUGGCGGCCAGCCUCGGGCUGACGCAAACGCAAGUGAAGAUUUGGUUUCAGAACCGACGAUCAAAGUACAAGAAAAUGAUGAAGGCAGCGCAGGCACCGGGCGUCGGAGGAGGACUUCCACUGGGUGCGCCGAACCAAGGUGGUCACAGUCCGUCGCAGCAUCAAAACAUGCAUCAAGCACCCGGCGGUGGCUCAAGUAGUGGAUCGCCAUCGCACUUCCUACCUCCCGGACACAGUCCAACGCCGUCGAGUACACCGGUCUCGGAAUUGUCACCUGCUGAUCGAAUUCCAGGCCUCAGUCCACCCUCGCAAGCACCCUGGGAGCAGAAACCUCCGCCGCACUGGGGCGACCACAAACCACCGCAGAUGGCACCGCAGACGAACCACGCACCUCCACAGCCGACCCACGCGCCCCAGAUGGGCGGUUACGUACCUCAGUACUGGUAUCAGCCGGAAACGAAUCCAUCACUAUUAACCCAAAGGAGCAGGGAAGCGAUGUUUGAUGAAUACUAUUCUUCUCGGAUACCCCGAUUCGAGACACAUCAAAGGGUGUGGCCGGCUGUUUAACAAAACGAGAAUGUAAAUUAUAAUUUUAACUAUUCCUAGUGUGUAAUAGAGCAAAGUUUAAUAACAAAAGAAAAAAACAGUACAUUUUGAAUACAAUACAAAAAUCUACAGCGAAUGAAGGCAACAACAACAAAAAAAAAACAAGACAAAUAGAAAACAAAAACCAACAAAAGCUGAACAGUGAUCUGACUAACACUAGCACACACGGUAGUGUUUAACGUAGUGGAAAUUGCAAAGUAACCCAAAACCGACGCAGUCCGACAUACGAAUUUAAAGGCUUGGAGUGGGGUGAGUGCAAAUGCGGACUGGAAGUUCCUUCUAUCACUGACUGGCAGGCAGAGUAGCACAGAACCGUACACGUAGAGCUUAAACAACUAUGGUGAGUGAUAUCGGAGGCCAAUCCCCAACCAGUUGACUUGUUUCAAAAGGACGUCGAUCGAGAGAGAUGAGUGAAAUGAGCGCUUUGUGCAAUAUUUGUAAGUGUUAAUCGUAAUGUAACUAUUUCGUUUCUUCGUUUUCCUGAGUAUUAUUAACAGGGAAAGACAACUUUCCCAGAGUUGAGCGUCUUUGAAUUUACUUAAAAACAAAAAAAAAAACAGAAGUUUGCUGAAUUUGACCAGCAAACCAACAAUACAUUCCUUUCUGAAUCGGAAGUAGCGAUCGUCGGCGAAUGUGACAUUCCAAUUCUGCAUCUUACGAUUCCAUUGGCAUUUGUAUUAGACACCGGUAUUUGAUUUUCCUACAACACAUUAUUAAUUUUGCUGCCAUUGAAUCAACAGAAAGCUUUUAACGCAAUAAGCAAAGGGAAGAUUUUAAAGAAAAUUUAAACCAUACUGAAAACAGCACAAGCAGAAACGAAAAACAAACAACACACAGUGGAAAAGCGAGUUUAGAAAAUCAAACUAGUAGCAAUUUCAGAGAACAAGUUUUAACGAAUUCAUUAAAAAAUACUGUAAAUACAACAAUUUACCGAAUAGAAGUGGGCAGGCAUCGCGAGGGGUUCAAUUUUUUCUCAUCCAAAAAUUUCAAGCAACACGAUAGAUCAUCAAAACAGCGAACCAAUCGAAUUUAGGCAUCGUUGAUGGGAAAAAAAUUAAAAAAAAUAUAUAGACUCUUUCUGUGAGUGCUAGGUGGCUGUGGGUGUGUAUGUGUGCGAGAGCGCGUGUUAGGGUGAGUGUUAACAACCGUGUGAUCCGGAUUUUGCUCUGUAACAGUACUAAUAAGAUAGGUGAACACACGAAAGUGAUGAUUGUGAUUAGCCGGUAAUUAAAUUAAAGUGCGAUGCAGACAUUUAAAGCAAAUUUGUACAUAAACUAACACAUUUACAAUACAAGAAUCAAUACAAGGAUAAUGAAGUAAGUUAAUUAAUUGUAUUAAAAUAUUUAAAAGGAUUUGUGAAUAAGCAAAGCAGCUACUAGCGAAAGAAGAGAGCAAAUGGGUCAUUUGAAUGAGACAUUUAACUGAUGAAAAUGAGUUUUGAUUUGAAAUUUUAGCAAACCAAUAAUCUGAAACCGAAAAAAGCAGAAAAUACAAAGAAGAAUAAUGACAGAUUUUCUAUUGAUGAUGGAAAAAUGGCAAACAAAUUGAGUAAAAAAAAAAAUAGCGAGUGAAGGGCACCACAGAGGAGCAAACAGUCUCUCCGUGGGAGUCGUGUGUAGGUGUUAAGCAUUGUUUAUUAUUAUAUUAUAAUGAUAUAAUGUAAUGAAAAUUAUAUCAUAGAAAUCCUGUAACGAUUGUGAAUGUAAAUUGCAAAAUUCGAAAAACGGUAUUAAAAUAUUAUUAUAAAAAUUUAA